CCCCCCAGUUUGAAUCUCCCGCCCCCGCUGUGUGGGGGUGAGGGUGGGGGUGGGGGUAAGAUGGCGGCCUUGGCCGAGCUGCCGGACGAGCUGUUGGAGCAGAUCCUGCGCUGCCCGGCCCUGGGCCCGCGGGACCUGGCCAGCGUCUGCCUGACCUGCCGCAGGCUCAGCGACGCCUUCCAGGGCCGCGGCUCCCUGUGGCGGCACAAGCUCACCCACAGGUGGCCCACACUGCUAAAACACUACAGUCGCACAAAACGUUAUAACUGGUGGGAAGAAUACAGAACUCGACAUUCUGUUGGCUUGCAAGUGCGGAAAAUUGUGGAGACAUUUUCCAAACGCUUUUUUGCCAAAGAGCAGGUUCCUGUAGAUGGUUUCAGAGACAUUGAAGCACUUGAUGGCCCGUGCCACUUUAUUGAGGACGAGCUGGUGACGAUUCUCAAUAUGGACAGAAGGAAGUAUCUGACUUCGAAAUACUACACACGGAAAAUCCUGUACUAUAUUCGUCAGAAGGACAUCAUGGAGAAAUUGAAGGAAUUUCUCUCCAAUCCACCAGACAUGCAAAGGUUGAUAGAAGGCGCUGUGCUGAUCGACCAAUACUUAGAUCCAUUAGCAGAAACCUCCCUGGAGAGUAUUCUGCGGGAGCUAAAUGACAUUACAGAGGAGGUGAAGAGAGUGCUGCGUUUAACAAACUCUUCUCACCCGAGCAUCGCUGCGGACAGAGACGGUGACACUUUCAUCGACAGUCUGGAUCUCCAACGACAGGCGCUGGUCGCGAUGAACUCCGUCCUGUACAAGCAGCUGAAAUUUAGUGGGAAUGAGGACAAUUACCUCAAGCCUGUAAAUUUCUACAUUCACCAGGUGCUUCGGGAAAAAGAAGGGAUCCGCAUCGCUCUUUGUGUGUUAUAUUCAACGAUUGGCAGGAACCUUGGUAUACGAUUGGAGCCCGUGAGCUUUCUCGGCUAUUUCCUUUUAAGAUGGUGUCAGAAACCGGAAGGGAGCACCGAUUUUCUGGACUAUGUCUACAUCGAUGCCUUUGAUAACGGGAAACUGUACACAGCAAAGGAGUGUGAAUGUCUGCUUGAUCAGCCAGUAGCCACCAGCUACUACAGUCCCACCAGCACCAAGAACAUGCUGCUCUGUAUGGCCACAAACUUGUUCCAUCGGGGAAAGGAGAAUGCUAGCGACGAGUCUUACCAACUGCUAGGAAAUACUCUUGAUCUGUACGUCACCUUGACUACGAUCGAUUUGUGUCUCACCUUGACUCCUGAUGAUGUUCAGUACUUGAUGCUGCCCGCCAGACUUUACUUUCAACUGGGGAUUAAUCCAGAAAAAGUCCUGGAUAUUCUUCAGCGAGUUCAGGUCAUUGAUCCCUCGCAUCAUAACGUGGGCCACAUGAUCCAGCUCACCUUGGAGCAGAUAGCUCGCAAGAACCUGAUGGCUGAACUUCAGAUAAAACAUCGCACAAACGAGAAACACCGAGAAGUCGCGUUUUCAGUGGGGUUGAUUAUGAAGCACAAAAGGUAUGGUUAUGACUGUGUGAUAUGUGGUUGGGAUCCCAAGUGUAUGAUGGAAGUGAACUGGAUGAGAAAUAUGGGAGUUUAUAAUCUACCCAAUGGGCCCAAUCAACCUUUCUACAAUGUUCUUGUACAAGAUGGUUCAUGCAGAUAUGCUGCUCAAGAGAAUUUGGUUUAUAACCCAGCGCCGUUGGAAAUCGGCCAUGAGAAAGUUGGCCGCUAUUUCUCAGAGUUUACCGGCUUUCACUAUGUCGCUAACGUGGAGCUACAGAUGCAAUACCCAAGUGACCUGGCCUCGACGUCGCAGACUGUUCAGAGGGUGUAUGGUUGCAUUUGAUUCAUUCUUUAGGAAGGAAGCGUUGCAGCAAGAGCGGUUUCAACUGCCGGGAGAGCAAAGCAGGAAGCCAGAGACAUUUUGUGGUGGAACGCCCAUUAACGCAGGGUUGGUAAUGUGCUGUCAGUGUCCCAUUGCAACCCUUUUUCAAGUGCUGUCAUUUUGCUGGGCAGUACUAAUUCACAGCGAGCAUUUGUAUAUUUAAUGGGAAAGGCAGAUGCAGAAGAUGCAUUGGAUUUUCAAUUGCCGGUGACUAGUUUCUGUAUGGGAAGGUGGGAGGGAGGGGGGGGAAUUGUGUAUUAGCAGUAAUAGUGAUUUACUUUGUAUAAACUAUGAUGUGAACUGUAUCUAUCGCUAAAUAUUUCCCAGUUUUUCCAUAGAAAAUUAUAACCUGUUGAGAUAAAUAAAGUGCCUGAUCGUA